AUGAGCAAGCGUCCACUCGACAGCAGUGGAAAUGGCUCGGCUACAAAGAAGAUCAAAAGCGACGCAACUCCCUCGCCUGGCCCUAACUCGAGUACAGGUCUAUCUGCAGAUGAGCUCAUCAAGCAGAAACGAGCUGAGAUCGCGGCCAAGAUGGCGGCGAUGACGGGUAAGAAGCCAAAUUUUCCGGCUGCACCAGCGCCAGCUACGAACGCUCAGUCGGCCGGUAUUGCGGCCCCGAAACCAACAGCAAGUUCGUCGGCAACUGAGGAUCUCGCGCGACGCGUUGCAGAGGCAAGGAAACGAGUUGCUGAGGCGCAGAACAAGAUGUCGACCAAGGAUAAUCCAUAUCUGGUGGCAGCGGCUCAGGCCGGAAAGAAAAAGGCAACCCCUGUUGAACCUAGUCCGCAGGGUGCUGGGCUCAAGAUGGCUGCGCAUCCUCUCUUACUUGAUACAAGUAGCCCAGCACCACAGUCAAAGAAAGAUAAAUACAAGCCCAUGCAGCCAAAGUUUGCAUCAAUCAAGGCAAAUGUACGAAAUACUCCGACUGCUACACCUCCACCAUUAGCCGUCCCAUCUCCGAAACCAGAAGUGAAAGUAAACCCCUACGCGGCACAAGAUGCCGCAGCUGGUUCUUUUGAAGGCGCUGCACCGAAAGAACGUACUUCACGCACGUUCCGAUUCAAUCAAAAGGGAAAAUAUGUCGCGAUUGCAAGUCAAAUACGGAAUGAUGCUCAACUCGAAGCACUGAAGCAACGAAUCGCUGAGAGUGCGCGGAAGGCGGGUCUGGAUGGUGAGUUUGAGACCGUGGAAAAGAAUAUUAGGAGAGAAGCGCCCCCAGAGGCGGAAUGGUGGGACAUGGCUCUUCUGCCUAAUCAAAACUAUGACGAUUUGAAUGCAGGAAUGGCGGCGCUGCGUAUUCGUACGGGAGAUUCUCCCAUCACACUCUAUGUGCAGCAUCCUAUAAAAAUCCCUGCCCCUGGCGACAAAGACAAAGCCGAAAUCAAACCGCUCAUACUCACAAAGAAGGAACAGAAGAAAAUGCGCAAGCAACGCCGACAAGCUGAAUUACAGGACAAGCGCGACCGAAUUCGCAUGGGACUUGUGCCUCCCGACCCACCCAAAGUCCGCCUCGCGAAUCUCAUGAAGGUGCUCACAAGUGACGCAGUCCAAGAUCCCACCCGCGUCGAAGCACGGGUGCGGCGCGAAGUUGCAAUGCGCAAGCAUAACCACGAAAAGAUGAAUGCUGAACGAAAACUUACGGAUGGGCAACGUCGUGAGAAGCUUGAGAACAAGAAGCUCGAAGAAGAGAAGAAAGGUCUUGUUGGUGCCGUCUUUAAAGUGAGAACGCUGGCCGAUCCUUCUCAUCGAUUCAAAGUACGCAAGAAUGCCGAGCAGACGAACUUGACGGGGAUUAUCAUAUACCAUCCGCAAUUCAGUAUGGUCUACGUCGAAGGAGCGGCGAAAUUCAUCCGACAAUAUAAACGUCUUAUGUUAAAUCGCAUAAAGUGGACUGAAGCCGCUCGAGCCCGUGGCGAGGAGGAAGUCGAGUUCGAGGACGCUGAUGAAGGAGAUAUGACAGGCGCAGGCAUGUCGAGCGCACCAAAACAGUCAGCGCAAGAAGACGAAUUUGGUUCCGCUUCACUGAAUGAUAAUCGUUGUGAUCUGGUGUGGGAAGGUGAACUGCGUGAGCGUGCAUUCAAGACAUUUCGUCCGAAGAGCUGCCCGACGGAUGGCACGGCGAAGGAGGCACUUGGACCGAAGAUGGCAGGUUUCUGGGAUCAAACGAAGAACUGGAAGCCAGAGGAAGUCGAGCUGUUCUAG